AUGAAGCGAGUCAUCUGGAUGAUAUCAGGAUCAAACAGAAGAAUGGUUAAGCUACUUUUUGCCCUGGCCUUGAUUGCCUACAUUGCCUCUGUCUGGGGCAAAUACACAACUGUGAGAUCGAUCAAAGAAUACGGGGAGAUGGAGAUUGAGCAGAAGAUUAAUGAGGCUGUGGCUCCACUACGUGACCAGAUUCGUGAUUUGGAGCAGAGUUUUUCUCAAAAAUACCCACCUGUGAAAUUUCUGUCAGAGAAGGAUCGAAAGAGGAUUCUGAUUACUGGUGGUGCGGGUUUUGUGGGUUCCCACCUGACUGACAAGCUGAUGAUGGAUGGCCACGAGGUGACUGUGGUGGACAACUUUUUCACCGGGAGAAAAAGGAAUGUGGAGCACUGGCUCGGCCAUGAAAACUUUGAGCUCAUCAAUCAUGACGUGGUGGAGCCACUCUACAUUGAGGUGGAUCAGAUCUACCACCUGGCCUCUCCAGCCUCUCCCCCCAAUUACAUGUACAACCCCAUCAAAACCAUCAAGACCAACACCAUCGGCACUCUCAACAUGCUCGGUUUGGCCAAACGAGUGGGCGCCAGGCUUCUUUUGGCUUCUACCUCGGAAGUUUACGGAGACCCUGAGGUGCACCCCCAAAAUGAAGAGUAUUGGGGCCACGUAAAUCCCAUCGGUCCUCGAGCAUGCUACGAUGAAGGGAAACGUGUUGCCGAGACCAUGUGUUACGCCUACAUGAAGCAGGAAGGAGUGGAGGUUCGAGUGGCGAGAAUCUUCAACACGUUCGGCUCCCGAAUGCACAUGAACGAUGGGCGAGUUGUCAGUAACUUCAUCCUGCAGGCUCUCCAGGGGGAACCACUCACAGUUUAUGGCACCGGUUCCCAAACAAGAGCCUUCCAGUACGUAAGUGACCUGGUUAACGGCAUGGUGUUGUUGAUGAACAGUAACAUCAGCAGUCCGGUCAAUCUGGGGAACCCAGAGGAGCAUACCAUACUGAAGUUCGCUCAGCUCAUCAAAAGUCUCGUCGUGAGCAGAAGUCAGAUCCAGUUCCUUCCCGAGGCCCAGGAUGACCCACAAAGGCGGAAGCCUGACAUCCGAAAAGCCAAGAUGAUGCUGGCCUGGGAACCAGUGGUGCCCCUGGAGGAGGGCCUGAAGAAAACCAUCCAGUACUUCAGCAGAGAACUGGAGCACCAGGCCAACAACCAGUACAUCCCCAAACCCAAAGCGGCCCGCAUGAAGAAAGGUCGAACCCGACACAUUUAAGCAGGACCUCCUUACCAUUUUUGACGCGUGUGCAGAGUUGCAUUCUGGGAUAUUUAUUGCGAGAAGACUUUUGAUUGUUGCCUUGAUAAGGAGUUUGCAAAUUGCACUGUGAGGCCUUCCUCGCGUGAGCUUUUUAGGUUGUACAAGCAAAUUACUGUAUUUAAAAUGGCCUACAGCAUCAUUGGUUGUCAUUUGUCUAUCGUAUUGUCUUUUUUUUUUUCCGAGUCAAUUUUUAAGAUAUUUAAAACGUGACAUUUCUCAAGUGCUUUGUGCUUUUAUCAAAGAUAAGCCAUUCUCUUGUCUCCUGGCGAAGAAAAAAAUGUUACUGUGACACCGUGCUUCACUUUGGGCAACAUCGCACAUCAGGAUGGAUAUUAUUCUUAUGAGGUGGAAGAUAAUUAUUUUAAUAAAAGAUUUACAAUAACGCCUCUUGGUACGAGAACAUGUGGCACAACCUUUUUUUUUUUAAUGUCACUGACUUUUUUUUUUAUUUUUUACACACAGGCUUAAUGUAAGACCUUUUGCAGGCUGCAUAUUCAUAUUGAAGCAUAAUGAUGUGCAUAAAUACAAUUUAAUGCAAAAUAA